UAGAGAAGCUCACUCCUCUGUUUGUUGGUUGCUGUGGUGGCCCCAGCCUAUCUGCAAAGGAUGACUUAAGCUUGAUGACUUCAGUUUGAAUGAGUAUUCUCAUUGGCUUCUCAAUUCCCAGGACGCUUUUUUUCCUGAAAGGAAAUUAAAAGACGUGUCUGCCGUUGCUUUAGCAACAAACUUUCAACCUUUACCUAACUCUCCGGAAUGAGAACAUAGCUAUUAAUACAUUCGAAAGGUUGGGGAGUUGAGUUGCUGAAUGCAAAUUUUCUUCCGAAUGCAAAUUUUCUUCCAAGUGUAAAACAGUUUAUCAGGCUUGGUCAGCCAUUGGCGGCGCUGCAGUUAGAGGUUAGGAGCGAGCAGUGGCUGUGGAACCUGUAGACGGAAAAGUGAAAUUCAACAGGUGGCUGCGGCUUCAAAGACAGCGCUUGUGUGGACAGAUGGCGUUUGUUCACAGAAAACUCUGGCGAAGCAGGCAAGUGGGAUCUCUUCUCGUUUUUCUGUUUGUGUCUGUAGGGGGUGCGGCCACCAUUCGCUACUCAGUGGCGGAGGAGAUGGAGAGCGGCUCGUUCGUGGCGAAUGUGGCCAAGGACCUGGGGCUGGAGGUGGGGAAGCUGGCUGCCCGCGGGGCGCGGCUGGUCUCCGAGGGCAACAGGCUGCAUUUCCGGCUGCACCGCAAGACCGGGGACUUGUUUGUAAAGGAGAAACUGGAUCGGGAGUCACUUUGUGGCAAAGCGGACCCAUGUGUUAUGCACUUUGAAAUAGUCCUGGUGGACCCCCUGCAGUCCUUCCGAGCUGAAGUCAGGGUAUUUGAUAUCAAUGACAAUGCCCCGGUAUUCCUCAACAAGGAGCCCGUUUUAAAGAUUCCUGAGAGCACUCCCCUGGGCUCCCGUUUUCCACUGCAGAGCGCUCAGGAUCUGGACGUUGGCCUCAAUGGGCUGCAAAACUACACCUUGAGUGCCAACGCCUAUUUCCACCUGCACACCCGCUUCCGCAGCCACGGUCCCAAAUAUGCGGAGCUGGUUCUGGAUAAGCCUUUGGAUAGGGAGGAGGAGCCAGUAAUCAACCUGACAAUUACCGCUGUGGAUGGCGGGUCCCCGCCCAAGUCUGGCAACGCCCACAUCCGCGUGGAGGUCCUGGAUGUCAAUGACCACGUGCCUCAGUUCUCCCGCCUAGUGUACCGCGUCCAGGUCCCCGAGGACAGCGCCAACAGCUCUCUGGUGGCCACCGUGACAGCCACGGACCAGGACGAGGGCUCCAACAAGGCGAUCACAUACUCACUGGCACAAAACACUGAAGCAGUUCUCCAGACUUUUCAGAUUGACUCGCAAACUGGAGAGGUUCGACUACGAAGACCCCUUGAUUUUGAAGCUGUUGAGACCUAUGACAUUGACAUUCAAGCCACGGAUGGUGGAGGCCUCUCGGCUCACAGCAAAGUCCUGGUGGAAGUGGUGGACGUGAAUGACAAUCCUCCUGAAGUGACUGUUUCUUCCGUUUCGAGCCCUCUCCCGGAGGACUCCCCACUGCAGACUGUGGUGGCCCUUUUCACUGUGCGAGACCGAGACACUCGAGUGGGAGGGAAAAUCACCUGCUUCCUCAGAGAGGACCUCCCCUUUUCAGUCAAGCCUACACUUCGUAAUUCUUACUCUCUGGUCACUGAUAGCAGUUUGGAUAGGGAGAGGGUUUCAGGCUAUAAUGUCACCCUUGUUGCCAUGGAUACAGGACCACCCAGUCUAUCCACAGAGACUGUGCUGGAGGUUCUAAUAGCUGACAUUAAUGACAAUCCCCCAGAAUUUCUGGAGGACUCCUACAUCUUGACUGUCCGAGAAAACAACAGCCCUGCUAUUUUUAUUGGUAAAGUCCAUGCUGAGGAUCGUGAUGUGGGCAAGAAUGCCCAAGUAACAUACUCUCUGCUGCCUCCAAAGAGUGGAGACCUGUCGGUCUUUGCUUACAUUUCCAUAAACGCAGACAAUGGGAAGCUCUAUGCACUAAGAACCAUGGAUUAUGAAGCCAUUCAAGAUUUUCAGUUUGUGGUAAAAGCAACUGAUGGGGGCUUCAUGUCACUAAGCAGCCAAGUUACUGUCAGAGUGGUUGUCCUGGAUGACAAUGACAACCGCCCAAUGAUUUUGUACCCACUGCAGAAUGGCACCUUUCCCUGCAAUGACCUGGUGCCCAGGUCUGCAGAGGCAGGGUACCUGGUGACCAAAGUAGUGGCUGUGGAUGGUGACUCAGGUCAAAACUCUUGGCUUUCAUAUCAUCUGCUAAAGGCCACUGACCCUGGGUUAUUCUCUGUUCAACAGCAAAAUGGGGAAAUUCGCACAUUACGGCAGAUAUCUGAGAGAGAUCCCAUGAUGCAGAAACUGAUCAUUCUUGUGCAGGAUCAUGGUCAACCAGCUCUUUCCACUACUGCCUCACUCAACAUUCUGCUGGUAGAAGGCUUUUCUGAGCCCUACCUGCAGUUCAGGGAUCCAUCCAAGGAGCCCACAAGGGUAAAUCCAACCACUAAAUAUUUAGUUAUUUCCCUGGCUGUGCUUUCUUUUCUCUUCCUCCUCUCUGUCACAGUGAUCUUUGUCAUACACAUCUACCAUAAGAUUACUAAAUACAGAGAAAAGUUCACAAUCCAAGAGCACUUCUAUGAUGACUGUAAUUUCCCUAACAACCUAGUACAAGGAGGAGCCAAUGGAUCCUUAACACAGCCUUGUCCCUAUGAAAUGUGUUCAGCGACAGGCACUAGCAAUAGUGAGUUCCGAUUUCUUAAGCGCUUUAUGCCUAACUUCCCCUUUCCACAUGGCACUGGAGAGGUGAAAAGAGAGGCUGGCUCCAGUUUGCCAGCAAAUUCUAAUAGGAAGAGGUCUCAGGGGUCAGGGGGCCAUGCCCAAGGAUCUGAUGACUAUAUGUAGCUCAUAUUCAUGCCUCCCCUAGAAGUUCACUAA